AUGACCACCUACCCACCAUACUCUUCAUUACCAAUCGACAAGUCGGGACCACCCCUAAACGCCUGGGGUCUAUACGGACAGGAUGGAGGAGGUGAAGAUGAAAAAGGAAGACUGAACUUGAUUACCCCUCAAAGUAUCAAGAGGGGCAAGGAUACGAUUACUGAAGGGAUAGCUGUUAAUCUCAAUCUACCAUUAUCGUUCUUCCCUGUUCAUGCCUCUAGAACAUCUAUGCAGCAUGAGAUUAAAUGCUCUGGACAUUCAAACGAUGAUAUAUUACAUUUCAACACUCAAUGCUCGACCCAAUGGGAUGGGUUCAGACAUUAUGCUUAUCAGAAUUGGCCAGAGGAAGGUAGAUUCACUUUUUACGGUGGGAUGGAUAUCAAAGAAGCUAGUGAUUCAUCUAUCAAAAAAUAUGGUAUACAUAAUUACGCCGAAAAACCCAUAACAUCCCGAGCUCAUCUACUGGAUAUCCCCCUAUACCUCAACAAACAUAACCUCCCAUCUAUCCAACCUUUCUCCAACUCUGAUCCUAUCCCCUUAUCGACCCUCAAGGCAUGUGCAGAAGAGUACGGAGUCCAACUACAACCAGGUGAUAUACUCCUAGUAAGAACCGGAUAUACCGAAGCUAUACUCUCUCAAACCCAACAAGAGAGAGAGGCUUUGAGGAAAAGGGAGAAGAAUGAAAGUUGUGGUGUGAAAGCUGAUGAGGAGCUGUACAAGUGGCAUUGGGAUAAUGGGAUCGCAGCUGUUGCAAGUGAUUGCCCAUCAUACGAAACUUGGCCAACUGCCCCAGGUGAACUCUCAUGCCAUCAAGUGUUCCUAGCUGGAUGGGGAUUACCCAUAGGAGAGUUAUUCGAUUUGCGCGAGUUGUCCAAACAAUGUCAGAAAUUAGGUAGAUGGACUUUCUUCUUUACCAGUAUGGGGUUGAACGUUGAGGGAGGUAUAGCUACGCCUCCUAAUGCUCAGGCUAUUUUAUAA